GUUGGCCCGGGCCUGGGCCCCGUGCGGGGCGAGGACGCCGCCAGGUUUUCCUCGCUGGAUCUCUGAAUAGCCAGGCCCCCCUCCAUCAUGGCCGGCCGGGGAGGGGGCCGGGGCCGUGGCCGGGGCCAGUUGACUUUCAACAUGGAGGCUGUGGGCAUUGGGAAAGGGGAUGCUCUGCCCCCACCCACUCUCCAGCCUUCUCCACUCUUUCCUCCCUUGGAAUUCCGCCCAGUGCCUCUGCCCUCGGGAGAGGAAGGGGAAUAUGUCCUGGCAUUGAAGCAGGAGCUGCGUGGCGCCAUGAGGCAGCUCCCCUACUUCAUACGGCCAGCUGUCCCCAAGAGAGAUGUGGAACGUUACUCAGACAAAUACCAGAUGUCAGGACCCCUCGACAAUGCCCUUGACUGGAACCCUGAUUGGCGGCGUCUACCACGGGAGCUAAAGAUUCGAGUGCGAAAGCUACAGAAAGAGCGCACCACCAUUCUACUCCCCAAGAGGCCCCCAAAGACCACAGAAGACAAGGAAGAAACAAUACAGAAACUAGAGACCCUAGAAAAGAAAGAGGAAGAAGUGACUUCAGAGGAAGAUGAGGAGAAAGAAGAAGAAGAAGAAAAGGAGGAAGAAGAGGAAGAGGAGUACGAUGAAGAAGAACAUGAAGAGGAAACUGACUACAUCAUGUCAUAUUUUGAUAAUGGAGAAGACUUUGGGGGUGACAGUGAUGACAAUAUGGAUGAGGCCAUAUACUAAAGAAAGGUCCCUAGCAGCACGCCAUCCUCAUAAUCAUUCUUGAUUUGGGAUAUAGAAACUGUCUCUCCCAUUUAGUUUAAUGGACAGUGAAAAACAAACACAAAAAACUGGCCCCUGGAGCUGAAGCUGGGAGUGGAGAAUUGUGACAGAUAGCCUUUUCUCCUCACCCCAUCUUUAUAUAGCUUCUGAUAUCUUACAGAAAGAGGAAAAGACUAAUAUCGUUAAAAUACAGUAACAGCAAGGAGACAGAGUUACUGGCUUGUUGGAGCUGAAUGAGACCACUGUGUACAUAUCCUUACCCAGGUUUUACAGGUCACUGUGAAUUUAAUUGAGGGUGAGUUUCACAUUUUUUAAUAAAGU